CGAUACGAGUUGGUGCACCAAAAAAGAGAGUAGAGCCACGAAGAGAGAGACAGAGAGAGAAAUUGGUUUUUUCUUGAAUACACGGCGAUAAUGUCUGAAAACGGGGACAUUGAUUCGGAUAUUAAUGAAAAUGUUAGUGAAACCGAAGAUUCUGUUAAAGAAGCUAAAGAAGUUGAAGAAUUGGAUGAAGAAGUGACCGAGCCGGAUGAAAAAUCCGUAACUUGGGAGGAAUUGGGUCUUGUAGAUGCAUUGUGCAAGGCAUGUGAACAACUGAAAUGGACAAAUCCUUCGAAAAUUCAAAAAGAAGCUAUACCUUUGGCUCUGGAAGGAAAAGACAUCAUUGGAUUAGCAGAGACAGGUUCAGGCAAGACGGCUGCAUUUGCUCUGCCAAUACUGCAAAGUUUGUUACAGAACCCUCAGAGAUAUUUUGCCCUGAUUUUGACACCCACGAGAGAGUUGGCUUUUCAGAUAUGCGAACAGUUUGAGGCAUUAGGAUCCAGUGUAGGUGUGAAAUGUGCGGUUAUAGUAGGAGGUAUGGAUAUGAUGUCUCAAGCUCUCAUAUUGGCAAAGAAGCCUCACAUUCUCAUAGCGACUCCGGGAAGACUGUUAGAUCAUUUGGAAAACACCAAAGGUUUCACUCUGAGGGCCUUGAAAUAUCUAGUCAUGGACGAAGCAGAUAGAAUCCUGAAUAUGGAUUUCGAAGUAGAAGUAGAUAAGAUCUUGAAAGUAAUCCCAAGGGAGAGGAGAACAUUUCUGUUUUCUGCCACAAUGACAAAGAAAGUUAAAAAACUGCAGAGAGCAUGUUUGAAUGAUGCUGUCAAAGUCGAGGUCUCUACUAAAUAUCAGACUGUGGAGAAACUACAGCAGUAUUAUAUUUUCAUUCCAGUGAAAUUCAAGGAUGUUUAUUUGGUUCAUAUCCUGAACGAAUUAGCGGGAAACAGUUUCAUGAUUUUCUGCUCCACUUGUAAUAAUACGAUAAGGACUGCCUUGAUGUUGAGGAAUCUUGGCCUCACUGCUGUACCAUUACACGGGCAAAUGUCACAAAAUAAGAGAUUGGCAGCACUGACGAAAUUCAAAGCAAAAAAUCGUUCUAUUUUGAUAUCUACGGAUGUGGCAAGCAGGGGUUUAGAUAUUCCGCAUGUGGAUGUUGUCAUAAAUUUUGACAUUCCGACUCACAGCAAGGACUACAUUCAUCGAGUAGGAAGGACAGCUAGGGCGGGAAGGUCAGGGAAAGCUAUCACUUUUGUGACUCAGUAUGAUGUGGAAUUAUGUCAAAGGAUCGAACAGUUGAUUGGAAAACAACUUCCACUCUAUAAGACAGAAGAGGAUGAAGUGAUGGUGUUGCAGGAAAGAGUAGCAGAAUCACAGCGUCUGGCAAAAAUG